GAAAUAAGAGUCGGUGCGGGCCGAUUCUUCCGCCUUAGUGUAUCGGGCGGCCGCAGUUGGAGUAGUUUCGUCCCGUUCUCUCCUUGGGGGGUAGUUGUGGUACCGCCGUUGCUGCGUAACUUCUCCCCGGUGCGGAGUGCGGCCCUUCGGUCCCCUCAGACCUCGGCGGCGAUGGGGUCCCGGGCGUCCACGCUGCUGCGAGACGAGGAGAUUGAGGAGAUCAAGAAGGAGACGGGCUUCUCCCACAGUCAAAUCACCCGCUUGUACAGUCGUUUCACCAGCCUAGACAAAGGAGAAAAUGGCACUCUUAGCCGUGAAGACUUCCAGCGGAUUCCAGAGCUUGCCAUCAAUCCUCUGGGAGACAGAAUUAUUAAUGCUUUCUUUCCAGAAGGAGAAGACCAGGUAAAUUUCCGAGGAUUCAUGAGGACACUAGCCCACUUCCGACCCAUAGAAGAUAAUGAAAAGAGCAAAGAUCAGAAUGGACCAGAACCACUGAACAGCCGAAGUAACAAGCUCCACUUUGCUUUUCGGUUAUAUGACCUAGAUAAAGAUGGCAGGAUUUCCAGGGACGAGCUUCUUCAGGUAUUACGGAUGAUGGUUGGUGUAAACAUUUCAGAUGAGCAGCUGGGCAGCAUUGCUGACAGAACAAUCCAGGAAGCUGAUCAAGAUGGGGAUAGUGCUAUCUCCUUUGCAGAGUUUGUAAAGGUUUUGGAGAAGGUGGAUGUAGAGCAGAAGAUGAGCAUUCGAUUUCUUCACUGAUGGAUGGAGAAUCUAUUCCUUUCUACCCCUACUAUAUAGCAAAUAGAACUUCAUUUUCUCCUUAGCACCUUCCCCCAGAGCUACUGGUGCAUAUACAGUACAGCUCCAACCCCUCCCUGAUUUGCUCUACCAAUGUGAACAUUCCUUGUGCAUCAGGAACAAAGGGAAAUGGCUGCUGUGUAACACGGAAAGGAGCAUUUUUAAAAAAUCUUUUCCUUCCUCUUUUUUUUACCCUUUCUCCCUUGUCUCCUUCUGCACUACUAUUUCAGCGAAAAUGUCUCUCCUUACGUACUGCUGUUUAAUCUACAAACUAAUUCUUCUGAGCUCUGAAUCUGAGAAAGGAAAAAUGGGAAUGUGCCACAGAAGCACCCUCUGAAACACUUUGGAGAGAAGCAUCUACUCAAAAACUAGGUGCAAUGAUAAUGAUUCACUUUUGCUUGCAGUAGCAACACCACAUUACAGCUGCCUUUUGGUUUUUUUCCCACUUGGCUCUUUACAUGCAGAUUUGUUUCUUCCCUGCUUCCAAAUCUGCCUUUUACUUGAGGACGUCUCAAUUUCUAUGGCUUCACUGAACCACUAGCACUGAAUGCAUGAUGAUAGCCUAGAAUAAUUUAAAGUACAGUGAAUAGAUUUUAUUUUUGUGGGAUGAAUUCACAGGGACAAUAGGAGAAUCUGUGGUGGAGACAGGCUGUGGUAUGCUCAAAAGGAAUAGGAGUUCUGCACUGUCACUUCAAUUGUUCUAGUAGUGGACGCAGAAACUUCUUUCCUUUGAGUAGCUUGCAGGCUUGACAGCCAGUGGCCCAUGAAGUGUGCCCUCUCCAGGUUGCUUUGCUCUAGGAUCCCUCCACUCAUCAAGGUGAUUUUGCCUCUGAACAUGUAAACUUGUUUACCAGUGUACAUAAUGCAAGAGAAGCAGCCGUGCCAAAACCUGGAUUUGUAGUUCUGUCACUGCCCCUUGGUAAUACUGUCACAAAACAUAGUACUGAUUUUUUUUUCUCUUUUGAAUCAUAGUGGCCUGGAUAACCAGUAAUUAUUUACAUUUUCCAGUAUGGAAGUCCUGGUCUGUUAUAUUUGUGUUGAGGGUGGGAGCUAUAUUUAUGAAAGCUCUGGCAUAAGGAUAUCAUUUGGGGAAGUAGAUAUUAUUCCAAAUAUUUCAGAAUAUAUUUCUACACAAAUAUCUUUGCAAAUAUAAGAUGAUUAGUACCACUAAUGUAACACUGAAAGUCAAGAGAUCAAAAUUAUUGAAGGUUCAAUGGUAACAUAAUUUUCUGUGGCUAGAUUGGCAAAUGAUCUCAUCUAGUUCCACUGGAGUCUGGGAGGGCCUUCCAAUAAAAGAAACAAAAAAAACCCCCUUCUUUAUUGAAGAAUCAGUGUUAUAACUGCUUCUGUCAUGUAUUAACAUUUCUAUAAUAAUUUACCAGUCUUAGACUACCCUCAAAUGUGCAUAUUUUUUUCCUCUCAGUUCCUUUAAUCAUCACUUGUGUUAAAGGAUAACAUGCAAAUCUCUGAAGGUUUUCUGAUUUGCUUUAAAUUAAGAAAUUGCGAAGUGGAAUGUUGCACUUCACUGUUUUGCGAAGUGCAGCACAAUUCCAGAAAGAAAUGUAAAUUUAAACCCUCUACUCUGUAUGAGAAAGAAACAUUACAGUUUUAUGACCAUGCCAUGUAAAAUAGGAAUGCAACAAUGUUAACAGACUGAAAAGUGAAAAAGUGUUUGUAGGCUUUGUGAUCUGCUUUAAAAGUAGGUGUUGCUUUCUUCCGGCUAUAUAGUUGUAAUCUACAGUUGUGCCUUAUUGUCCCAGUGAGACUGGUUAUUGUAUUUAUCAAUCCAUAAAUAAACCCUCCACUGUAGUUAAAAAAACAAUCCCAAACUAUUCUGUAUGGUAAUUGACUAUCCUUUAAUGACUGGAAAAGUUAAAUACCAGUAGAAUGGUGCCAGUAGGCCUUACAGAUUGACUUUUUUUUUUUAAUAUAUAUAUUCUGAGAACAAGCUUAGUUUAUUAAUAAUCCUUCAUUCUGCUAGUAGAGUGGAGAAAACUAGUGUAAAACAUGAACUCCAGAAGAGGCUGUGCACUAGGGAUUCCAUAACAAUGUGAGCUUUAUACCUCUCUGUGGUUCCAAACCAGGCUUUCUUUUUUCCCCCAUCCCCAUAGUGCUCUUCUAAUUAAAGGGCAUAUAAUGCUAAUGCUAGUUUGGGACAUGUGUCCUUAUAAGCUCCCACUUACAAAAUGAGGUAUUUAUGCUAACAUGAUUUAAGGUGAACACAAAUACUCAAAUAAGUGUACAAAAAACCCAAACCAACAACUCAUAACCAAAACAAGACAUGGCUAAUCCUCCUGCAGUAAACACCACCACUGCCCGUCCCGUCCCCCCCCCCAAAUUAUCAGGAGCUAAGUUUGCUGUUAACUGUAUAAAUCACAUGGAAGCCACCGAGUAUCUUAUUCGGUGUUCUGAAAUCUACAUAUUUAACAUUGAACUUGAAAGGAGCUGAGAUUUUAAAUUUAUAUUAAAUUUAAAACUAAACUGUACAGAUAUAAGCAGAUCUUAGCAAAAGUAAUGUUUUUGGCAUACCUGAUUGCUUGUAGAAAUUCAGUCUUGAGAACAAAGGUCAUCUGUGAAGGUUGAAGUCUGGAAAAGGGAUAAGAUUAUCAGCUCAAAGGCAGAACUACCUGAUAUUUAAUAUUUGUCUUUUGAAAAACCAGUAUAUGUGAUAGGUAGUUAAGUACAGAUGAGCCAUAUUCCCCUCUACUGGCAAAUAAGAAGUAAAGUCUAUUUUGAAAGCUGCAUGCUUGAGUUUGUUAUAUUGAGAAUCUCUGGAUGGUUGGCUGUGUGUGGCCAAUUAGUUUUCGUUAACUGUUAGAGUAUUUUGAAGACUAUGGAAAGCAAGACUAGGUUUGAUAGCUAAUCAAUACUGAAAGGUGGGAAAUGAGUUGACUUAAAUAGCUGUAGGCCCACUAGCUUGGCAUCAAGUCUAGGCAAAACCAAAAGCAUCUGAAUAUAGGAUUUGACUCAGGAGGAGCAGAAGUAAAAGUAAUGUUAGUUCCCAUAACUUUACAAUGGAAAAUUACUUCAUAGAAUCAUUAAGGUUGGAAAAGACCUCUGGGAUCAUCAAGUCCAACUGCCAACCCAACACCCCCAGGCCUCCUAAACCAUGCCCCCAAGUGCCAUGUCUACGCAUUUUGUUGAACACCUCCAGGGAUGGUGACUCCACCACCUCUCUGGGCAGCCUGUUCCAAUGCCUGACCACUCUUUCAGGGAAGACAUUUUGCCUAAUAUCCAAUCUAACCGCCCUGAGGCAGCUUGAGGCCAUUUCCUCAUGUCCUAUAGCUAGUGACCUGGGAGGAGAGACCGACACCCACCCACUCAAAAGGUCUGCUUUCUGUUCUUUGAAAGUACAACUGUGGUUGUAAAUAGUGCAUCGAUACAAUAUUUGAGUUGGCAGAAGUGUUUCCUUCAAGCUGGCAAUCUGGCAUUAACACAUGACAUAGUAGAAAAGCGUGUGUUUAAAUGGAUUAAGAUUUCAACUGGAAUGGCUUAUAGUAGUCUGUGAUGAAUGGGGAUGUUUCUGGAGUGCCUUCUGAAUGGCGAAGUACUCCUCUUCACAUUCUUCCAUACACGCACCGUCAGCUUAAAGUGUAAAAUUACCACUGCUAAAAAAAAAAUAAAUUAUAUUUUGCUGAUGACGCAAAAACUGGCAGAAUGAAUAAAGGCGGUUAUUCAGAACAAUCAAGAUCGCUUGCUGGCGGUGGCCCACGCAGGCGGCUGUGCCGGUUCUGCCGGGAUUUCACAGCCAGACGCAGGCACACAGGUUGCAGUGCGGUGAAAUCGAGGUCGGGGGUGCGGCCCCAGCACCCCGAGCGCUCAGCAGUGGUCACUGCCAGUCCCGCCCGGGUGUCUCCAGAGGAACCCCCAGCCGAGGGGGGUGGCACGGACAGACACGUGAGCCCCGCCCCGGCUGCCGGCCUGCAGCGCGCUGCGAGCGGCCCCUUUAAAUCCUUGCGGAGGUCACCGGAGGAUUCGCCCCAGGCCGGCCCUGCUCACGCGGCUCGAGCCAAUCCUUUUCCAGGCUUGUGCCCACCCCCCGCCACCAAUCAGAAAGGAAAGCCUUGGAGGCGGGAGACCAGCCCUCGCGAUGGAAGGCGCCAGUGGCCAAUCGCUGCCGAAAUUGCAGGGCUGAUGCAUGUGAUCAGUGUCCAAUAGGCUUGCGGCCUAGUGGGCGGGCCCGGCGUCGCCGGGCGCCGCGAGACCCCCGCCGUGUGGCCGGGGUGAGGAGGGAAAGAUGGCGGAGUGAGAGGAGGAGGCGGGAGUCUGGGGCCGGCUAUGGCCCCGCGGCCUCGGCCGCGUUGAGGCUCACUGAAGGGAAUGUGGAUUGAUCAAAAAUAAUGCUCUCCAGGUCUGUUUUUUCCCAUCUUCAUACCAAGAAUAAGACUUUGUCAACAGUGUGAGCCUGGACGGUCAAGCUCAUCAUCAGCUGAAAUAUUUGAGUGCCUCAGAGAGAAAGUGAUGGUGACGUGUGCUGCAUUUCCAUUUUCACGAUCUACUCGCUGCAUCUAACAUAGGAGUUGAAAAUUGUCACUGGAAGAUUAUUUCUGAACUUGAUCAACUAAAGGGUUAAGUUAAUUGGAAUAAGAUCCUUUCCUGACAUUGAAGAAGGUUGUCCUGUUGCUUGCUCAUAGGCUGUGAGACGUGGAUGUUUCUCUUCUAGCAAGCAAAAACAUGUCCUUCACUUCCAUGGAGCUGAACGAAAAAAGAUCUCUCUACUUCCUCUUUCCACCAUCUCACCCAACAUUUGAAUCACCAGAUGUCUUCUCCCAGAGAAGUACCCCACCGUUUUAUCAAAACUCAGAAGCAGAGUAACAGAAAUCAGUAGUUGUUUCCCUGAAGAAAGGUCUUCUGUGCCAGCUCUUCAUCCAGCUUUCUGCAUUCUCUUUUAAACUGAGAAAUACUUUGUAAUCAGAAGCAAGUGGAAGCUGGUAUCCUUCAUUGAUUCUUCUUCAUUUUAGGAAGGUUAAGUACUUCACUGUUUCAUACUGGGAAUUGCUAGCAGAUAAAGUGUCUGCAUGCAUUGCUAUGUCAGACUGUCUUGGCAUGUAUGAAAAGUUGCAGCAGGAAAACCAGAACGUAUUUUUUCUCUGACAUGAGGAAGAAACUUAGCAAAUAGUUGGGGACAUCCCAUACAGGUAUUUUUCUAGUCCAGGACCCAGGCUUGGCUUUGUAGAUAGAUGUCUUGAUGUCAGCUCACAUAAAGCAGCUAAUGCACAGGAACACAUGUAGAAUCACAUUGUCUGUAGUGUGUAAAUGCAUUGUCCCGGUCUGUGAUCAAAAUGUGUAUUUGCAUGUGUAAACCUGUGUAAGUGCUGGAUAUGAAGAGCUUUCACCAGAAAGAGAAAUUACUCUGCAUCAUUUAAUUUCAGCAAAGAAAAAUGAAGCUUUAAAGGCCUCUGGGGUAACCGGAUAAUGAUUAGGUUUAUGUUAAAUCAUUCCCUCCCUCUGGCUUUUCAUGAACCCUUAGCAGCAAAAGGAACAAAAACAUUCUACAGCAAAAGAGAUGGGGCAGACCUCUUUCUUUGUUAAAGAGACUAACUUCUGGUGGGAUGGAAGAGACCAGAGGUAUAAAGUUGCAAUUUAUCCACUCAGCUUCCUUGGCACAGUUUCAGCUUUUCAUACUGCUGAUGGAAUUGGAACAGUUUCAGCUUUUCAUACUGCUGAUGGAAUUGGCUUUUUGAUUCUUUUGUGACUGAGAACUGAGAUGACCUGUACAUUUCCAUCAUCUAGGAAGAAACAGGCCCAAGAGAAUGGACUGUUAGCCACAUAAGAGGGAAGAGCUGAGAGAGGGCAGAAAUACUUAGGAUGGGCCUUUUUCUGGUUCCUCUUAUUCCUUACCAAACUAAGGCGCAAUCUGUUGUUGUUAUGUUUACACAAGAUUCUUUGUCUCCAUCAUUUGUGAUUAUCUAAGAUGUUUUCUGUCAUUCUGAGAUGGGAGCGUAUAUUGUUUACGUGCUCCCUGCUAUGGUAUUGUAUAUGGCAAGUAAGAUUUCUUGACAAAAAAAAAAAAACCAAACCCCAGACCUGGGGUAUAUGUUCUAUUCCACUUCAAAUCUGGAGCUCUUCUUAGUGCACCUUAUUCCAAGCUUGUGAUUUAGAAAAUGUGACUUACUAGCUUAAAAUACUAUUUUCAAAUCUGGAUCAAAUAAAGGUAUAUAGGUUCUUUUAAUAGGUUUGGGGAGAUAAUAGCAUGGCUGGGGAGGAUGUCUUCAAUUUUUUUUGUUUUGUUCUGUUUUUCCUUUUAGAUAACUGCUGGAGAGAGCCAGACAGCCUGAAAAUGGCUGAAAAAGCCAACAAUUGAAAUCCUUCUUAAAUCUUAAUGAUAGAUUGCAAGGGCAGCAUUCUGAUAUUUAAAUGUAGUGACAUUUUAUGGGACCAAGUUCCAUAGCAGAGUAAGGACAAGUGUUGAUGCUGAUCCUAAUCUUCAGAGUCAAGUUAAGUCUGUGUUUAGACUUGCAUUGUAACAAGAUGAUUUAAUGACAGCUUUACUUAUUUUUUGUUUCCAUGAAGAAAAGAUGAGACGUGUAAGCUGAAGAGUGAUGGGCAAGACACUGCAUAUCAAAAUAAUGCCAACUGUGAUGAGCAGAGAGGUACCCUAAAAUUGUGUGUAACAAUGUGAUGAGCUGUGCAAUAAGAGUUACAUUGAUCUUGUUGAGGCAACCACCAGCUUGGCCUGAGCUCUUUUAAGAACUUAGGAUUUCUUUGCUGAAUAUGGUCUCAAUUUUCUGGCAUUGGAGUCAACUGGAAAAGCAUACUACCUUUUAGGGCCUCCUUAUGGGAUUUAUUGUUGAAACCAAUGGGAUUUAAUGUAGAUGUCUGUAGAAGCAGGAUCCAUUUCUAAGUGAUGGAAAAUACUGUCAAUAUCAUAGGAUUAUCAAUUGUUGGGAGGUAUCUGGUAUAAGAAACAUCUGAUUUUCCAUCUGGGAAUUUCCUUUUCUUCCUUAUGCCCAUACUUACCCUCCUGAUGUUAGAGCUAGCAGUUGUUUCUUGCAUAGCUUGAUGACAAAACACUUGGGGGACAGGAAGGUAUUUUUGUUUUCUGUUGACACGUACAAAAACUAAGAAUUUGUCUGACUAGCAAGUAAACCCUUUAAGCUUUUUGAUUUCUUUUUCCGUAGGAAUAACCCUCAACAUUUUGUAACCCUGCAUCGUAACAAAAAAAUAGAAUUGUUAAUUUUCCUUGACUCCUAUCCAUGACAAUGUAAUAACAUUAUUUUUCAAAUUUAAUUUUAGAACAUAAAAUUUUUAGCAGGGCUAAGGAUCUGUGGCUUUCACAGAAGUAAUAGUCCAACAGUGCAUGCCCAGAAGACCCCCAUUGCCGUACCUGUCCGGCCAAUGCCUUUCUAAAACUGCUGUGUUGGGAAAUGCUGCCUCAGCCUACUUCCUUUUUCUUGCUCCACUUUUUCUGUAUGUUGGUUGGAAAUCUUCCCAUGUGAAAGAUUACAAAAACAAGGGGCAUGUGCAAUAGCUCAUAUAUAUAUACAUAUAUAUAUUUUAAUACUUGUGGACAAAAUGAUGUUACAAGUUGUUUGAAAACAACAAAAUCACCAAUGUCUUCCAUUUUGAGAUGUGUAUAGUUCCAUAAGCAUUAGUGUUUUGUAGCAAACUGUAGUGCCAUGUUAGGAUCAGUGCAUGAGCCUAGUAGUAUUUUUACAAUUUCAGAGUGACAAAUUUAUUAAUAAACAGUGAUGAUAAUGUAAUUAACAAUAGAAAGGAGGCAAAAGAAAUGUCACCAACAUGGUCUAAACAUGCAGUAUCCUCCCUUUGACAAUGGCAACGCUAUCUUUAGAAACUGAAUGCAUUCACUUAACGGGCUUCAUAGAAUCAUAGUUGACUUUUUGUUUUUAGUCUGUCUGUCUGACUGCAAAAAUAAGCUAGUGUAUGUAAGCAUCCAGAAUUCUAAUCUCUAUCAGUGGGAUCCUUUUCUUUUUUUGUAUUUGUUGAAGGUAUCUUCUUCCAGGUGCAGCAUUUUCAGUUUUAUUAUUACCCAUCCUGUUGAUAUACUCAGAAAAGUAUGAAUAUGCUAAGGAGUUUGUGUGCAUUUUGUACACAUCUCUGCUACCUUAAGAUAUUUUUCAAAUUCUGUUAAUAUUUUUUUCAGAUCUGACUAUAAAAUGUAAAACAUGCUCAUGUUUAACUAUAGCCAUUAAGUCAAUGGUUGCAAAAUGCUGUCUGCCAGUUACACGUAGAAGACUUAUCUGUUAUUGCAGGAAUAGAGAACCUUUCUUUUGCUGAAGUCCUACUGAAUCUUUUAACACCUUUGGUGGAUCCUGCAUUUACAUACAUCUUAAUGUUAAUAAUAAUAAGAGAGACUAUAAUAAGGUCAAGGGUUGUUGAAAAACAACAACAUUGCAGACUGUAUCUGUGCAGCAGGCUAUCUCUAGCCUAUGGAUCAGAGAUUCCCCACCCUGUAUUACUGAGAAUUAAAUAUCCUGUAUUUUAGGUAACUUCCAGUAUUGCUUUCCAGCUAUAAGCUCAAUUUUAAUCCUUUCUGUCUCUCCCUCUGCUUUUUUCAGAAGGAAAGUUUAGACCAGGGGAAGUCCAAAUGAUUUAGCAUGCAAUGGACAGCUUGGGCUGGUCAAAUAAGACUGGUAUGAUUCCUGAGAUGCGCAAUGCUCUGUGGAUGGCAUCCUUUCAUUUCCUAGGGAAAGUCUUUUAUUUGGUGCUGGUAUUGCCCUUCACCCAUUUCUCUCUUUUUACAAGAAAAAAAUUAUCUUUCAACUUAAGUGAGGAUACUGCAUCUUUUUUUCCUGAGACCUGCCUGUAAAUGGCCGUUAGGGGGAAGGGAGGGAACAGGUAGCUUGGUUUUGUAAUUUUGAUACGAUAGAUCUCUAGAGUAAUUAAAUCAAGAAGCAUGUACUUUGGUGCAAAACCAAUAAUCUGUGCAGAGUUAAUGUACGUAAUGGGGGGGGACCCCAAACAACCAACCUUCUGCAUCGAAUACAUUUGUAAGAAAUUUGGACAGGUGGGCCAUUUACAGCAGAGCUCUGGGUGACCUGUGCUGAGAGUUAGGUUCAAUUCUAAAUGAAAGUAGCUGUACCAUUGAAUAGUUUAGUGCUUGGGAGAAUCAAUUGAAAAAUACCUCUGAAACUGGAAUGCAAAAUAGCACAGUAUGUAGGGGGAAGAAUCCCUGAUGCAAACAAAGCCAUAAGAUGAUUUAAUAAGAAAAUAGAACUUUAGUAGCAAUAACUGUUUUGCAUGUGAUAGUAAAUAACUUGCAUUAGCAAGACUGUACAGUAGAGUAAGUGGGUAAUAACCAAAUAAGUUUGUGGCGCUCUGUGCUGCAGGGAGUUGUGUGAAGAGCCUCUUCCUGAGAAGCUGGGUGAAUUCCUCUGAUGUUCUUCUCGCUGGACGUAAUUUGGCACUUGAAUACUUAGUUAAUGAACCUGAUAUAAACAAAAAAUAAUCAGCUUUGUCACACAUCUGAAGCACUGUCAGUGACUGCUGGGGGAAGGGCAGGCAGUUCUUUUUGAAAGGAUAGCUGACGUUUCUAUAUUCUUUUCUUUUUGUAGUCUAGCACUUGCUCUGUUUCUCUGAGGAGAAACUAAACCCUUCCAAAUACUGGACUGUGAGGAGAACCUGACUCUGAAGUUAGAAGCUUUUAGCAUGGGAAGUACUUUGUUUUCUUAAUUUAAAAAGACCGACCUGAGGUGGUCUUUCAAUAAAAAAUUAGAGAACACUUGACACUCAAAACAUUUGUACAUCCCAAGCACAACUGUAGAAUUCUAAAAACGUUUCUUUACAGCAGAAAAUAAUUUUAGCCUUUUAGUUUGCUGAACGCUCAGUUUCAGACCAUAAUUGAUUUCUGUGAUGCCUAAAGUUGAGCAGAGGCAACUACUGUGAAGGUUCUGGUGACACAAAGAGUUACUGAUCUACAGCUGUAGCCUCUGCACCCAGCAAAGCAUUUGCUAUGAAACAGUUACAUAAAAGAGCCACAGGCAUUCUAAAAUGUUCAUAGUUGACACUGUGUUCAGUGCAGAUAUGUAGGCUGGAGAGACAACAUGGCCCAACAGAUACAACUGUAUUCUGAACAGAAUUACUACAUUGGGGUUUAGAUAUUUCUGGCUGGAUUUCUUCUAGAAAGCUGAAGUAAUUUGGACCAUAACUGACAACUGAAGGGAGGCUUUUAAUGUUCCAAAAUUAGGGAGGUGAGGCCUUCUGGCUCUUUGUAAGUUGAUAAUGGGACUGUGAGGGCUGUGAGCAUUCUUACAGUAUAAAGUAACCAAGAUAGGCAUGAAGGUGUCUAAAUUAAGUCUUGGCUAACAUGUAAGAUGUGUAUGAAAAGGUAAUUGAUCUGGAAGGUUGUAAUCAGCUUAAAUUCCAGCUAUUGAAUUACUGAUAAAUUUGGAAGCUGGCCAUAGGGGACAUUAAUUUGAUUGUUAUCUGAUUACAUUAGAGAAGUUAUAAAUUUAUUCUGGUCUGUGGCCAGCAAGUACAUUUACAUAAUAAUGAAAACAUGGUCAUAUUCAUGCUUCAGAACUAUGAACUUUGUGGCUGAAUAGAAUUCUUCAAGGGUUCAUUCAGAGAAGGGGGGGGGGGGUGUAAAUCAAGACUGAUGUAACCAGACAAGCUAUCUGCAUAUUCUUCCCAGUUCAGACUUUUUAUAAUGAUCUGUAUUCUAUGGACUACUAGGCUAGAAAUCACUAUUCACAGCAACAAAAGGAAUCCCUUUGCCUUUCAGCUCUUGUACUAUGGCAUGACUUUUGCUCCAACCCCCUUGGUUUCACUUAGUUCUUUCUAAGAACUAAGUGGAAGUGCUAGAUGCUACCACAUUUCAGUGUGGCAUAUCAAAGGUGUCGUGACCGGUACCGACAUGCCUCCUUUAGCAGUACUAAGCCCAGGUGAUACAAGUAUAUAUGCUGUUUCCAUACCCAGUAGUGCUGCUGGAGAAGGUCUAGCCAGUACUUGUGUCAGGAUUUCCACCUUCAGGAGUGGCACUUUCUGCAACUGAGGAAAAUGGACAAAUCUAGGACAAAAAAGAAAGUCUUGCAAAGACUCCUUGACAGUCAGUGAGAAGAAACUGUACCAAGCCUCAGGACACUGACGCUUUACACAAGGAUUACAUUGUCAAGGGCUGGCAGUGUGGUUUUUUUUGGGCAGAGAAGGGAAAGAGGAUGGAAGAGAAGAACAGUUUUUGAUGGAUAACUGAUCUUAGAAAUAACUGUUUCCUGCAUCCCUAAGAAACUGUCUGGUCUUCCUCCAAAGCUAAUAAUCCUGCUUGCUGUUCAGGUACAGAGCUGCAUAAUGGCAGUUCAAGUUAGAUUCCAUUGGAUUUCUUUUAUGGGAUGGUCCAGCAUUGUGCCCUGGUAGUGUUUUGACUGGCCCACAAAAGCCAGCAGUUGAACCAGGAUGCCUCGUUUAACAGUGCAGAACACUAACCAUGGAUUCUGAUCUCUUCCCUUUCAGUCUGCUCUACACUUUCUCCUGAGUUUUAGAGAGCGUUGGUGUUCAUGAUGUAAGCAGAGCAUGUUUCUGUUUGAGCCUAUGCACCGGGUUAUAACAUAGACAGAUCCCCUGAGGCUUUAAAACAUCUGAGGUUAAAGAUAAAUGGUAACUUACUGUUCUAACUUAGUGUUUAGUGUGUCCUAUGUAAAUCCUGUCUGCUUCUCUCCACUUCCUCUCCAAAUGAAUGUCUUCGCAGGUCAAAUAAAAGGUGACUAGUUUGUCAUGCCUUAGGCAUGAAGAACUACAUGGAGAAACUGAAGGAAAGCGGCACAGGCCCACAAACCAAAUCUUAGAGCUAGUAUUCUAAUUAUGCAUGAUUCAAAAUGUCUAGUGUAAUGUAGUUAUUACCAGUAAACUGAGAUAUGCAUUUAUACAUAAUGAAGCAAUAGGAAUUAAUAUACCAAUAGCUUGAACUUCCUGCUUUGAUUCUCAAAUUUUGGGUUUUGUUUGUUUGUUUUUUAGAGAAUGUGCUGCCUUCGUAGAGAAAGGGGCAGAAUGUAUAGAUAGGGACAAAAGCAUGGCACCAAAACUGUAAAGCAGGAAGCAGGAUCAGCAGAACUUGCCUUUAUAACCUCUUGUCUGGUUCAUAUUAGUACCCUGAGCAUGUAAAAAGCAGGGCAUGAACUAAGCAUGUUUAAGGGCGAGAUGAGGUUUCUCACCUGCUGCAGCUGUAGCAAGGAAAAGGGUGCAGAGUUUCUUAUAAGGUGCAGGGGGGAAGCAACUGGUGGAAAAAAGAAAAAAAACAAAAACACACACACCAAAAAAAAAAAGGAAACCAUGGACUCAAACUGAGCGUAGUAUUUGCCAGACACUAGGUAAUAAGCUUGGGUGUGGUGAGAGAAAUUAUUUGGAGAAGACUGAAAUUAAUAAGCACAGUACAUAUAUUUCAGGUGUUGAAUAGCUUUUUAAUAGACAGUAUUUUCAGGUAAUUCUCUAGCCACAUAGGCAGCUGUACUGAAUAUACUGGUACCAGCCAGCAAUAAUGGCACUUGCAGGAAUGAACCUGAAAAUACUGGUAAUCUUGUAUAUUUUUUAAGUUCUUUAAAGAGAUUUUUAGAAACAGAAAAUUAGAUUUGAUCACUGAAGGUCUUCAUCUUCUGCAACACAGGUUGCAAUAGUCUUUUUUUUCUUUAUUUCACUAAUUAAAUAAAAGGGAAUUUGGGUGCCAUCUUUCUGUAAACUUUUAAUCUGUUCUCUGUAAUAUUUCCCAAUAAUUUAGGGGACAAUGCAGUGAACUUCUGCUGGCAGUUUGAAAAUAACAUAGAAUGUGUGGCAUAGCCUUCAUCACUAAUACUUUCCAAGUUUAAACUUGUAUUCAAACAUGUAGAAUACUAGCUUGUUACUGCAGAAUUCCAUGCUGCUAGCUUAGCUUAAUUUUGUAGGUGGGCUUAACUUGUGCAGAACACUUCUUUUGUACAGAGGCUCAGUCCUUUCUUAAAUAGAAGAAGCAUCUUGGGAGGAAGAAAUUUGUGUGUCAAGUUAAUUCCUGUUUGUAUUUCAUAGCCAACCAUCCAUAAAGCACCGUGAUUUGGGUUUAGAAUGGGGGUUGUGUUUUUCUCAUGAAUGCUCUUUCUAGAUAUACAAGAACUGCCAAAUGAAGAUAGGAGUAUUUUAAGAGAAGAUAACUAAUUUAUGCUAUCAGAACUUAGACUAAAUGAAAUCCUUUGAGCCAACUUUUUCAAGCAAAAAGGGAGUUUGUAAAACAAGUUUAGCCCAGCUGUUAACCAUGGUCACCUAAUUUGUAGUGGGUAUUCUUUAGAACACUUUGCAUGGUUUUAAACCCUGUUAACUGUAUUUUCUUUUUUUUCUUUUGAGUGAAGAGUAAGCAGCUCUAUCCUUUGUUAGGGCUUAUUCCCCUCAAUAUAAAACCUGGGAAAUAAGCCACUUUAGGUUGUCAGUGAGGAUAUCCUUUCCAAAUGUAUGACAUAACAGCAAAGGAGAAGCAUUAGUUAUAGAUUCUUAAAAAUUACCUUAGUAUUAAAAAGCAGGCUAGAAAAUACUUCUUAUACUGAACUUCUGAUGGCAUGCUCAAGUGGAUUAGUUGAGGAAAUGAUUGGUGUCACUAGGAACUAUGUAGUCAGUCCCAUUGCACACAUUUUACAUGGUAAUAGUGAAAGAAUGUCUCCCUGCAAAUUUUAAUGUUUUUCCAAAAGGCAGCUUGCUUUUAUAUCUAUGCAUAUUUGAGGAUUUCAAGAUAAGAUUUUAUUCUUUUGACACUGUAAAGAGGAACUGUUUAAAAAUGAACUUGGAAACUCUGCACCUGUAUACGAAUUUUUUUAGCAAUAAAGCAGCACAGGCUGAGAAUGCA